GAAAGGGCCAGCCCUACGCGUCAGAGACCCCGAUCAGCAGAACCCUGGCAGCUCGGGACGGAGGAAAUCCACACCCAGCACAGAGCUACACUGGGCUAAGGUCUCUGCUUUAGGCUGCUAAGGGUGCAGAGAAGAGAAAGGCUUGGCCCUGUCCUCAAGGAAUGAGGGCAUUGGAGAUGACACAGAGUCAGAUGACUUGUGAUGGGUGUGACUGGGCUCUAGGAGCUUUAUGUGCAAAAUGCUGGGAGGGUCUCCAAGAUGGUGGUAGAGGGGCAGAACAGGGAGGCUUCCCUGAAGAGGUGGCAUUAGGUCCAGGCACUGAAGAGUAAAAUGAGACCUAUGGACUCUGUUACUGGCUACUGACAUGACAUGGAAGAGGGGAAAAGAGGAGCAUCAGCAGACCUUUUAUUGCAGUAGAUUGCUAACCGCACCUGAUGAGGCUGCUACCUCCUCCAAGUCAGACCCAAGCUUCUGCAACUUUUCUUCUGUGGGACAUAUCCAUACAUAGGCACUGCCACAGAUACUACCUGACAGCAAGCUUGGCCCUCUGCAGCCAGAUAGAGGGGCUUGCGGUUUUGCAUAGUGUGGCUGCAAAAAUGUUGGCUGGGCUGUGGGUCCAGGAGCGGACAGGACCAGAUGUGGGAUGGGCAGAGCCGUGGGAGGCAGGAGCAUGUUCUUGCAAGUUUUACGAGGCACAAAAACUCCAGAUCACCUCUCUGCCUCAGCCCCUUCAGGAAAUCCUGCCAUUCAUCCUGGACAUAUAUACAGUUGCAACUGGCCAGCUUUCACCACGACCCCUGCCUUUGCCAUUGUCCCUGCCUACAGGCAGAUCUCACAUAUCAUCUGGUUCAAUCCAGGAAAAGGAAAGGAUUUACAAGCAAACACUGAAAUGAGAAAGAAUUCACGAAGAGCUCAUCAGAUUGAAUUAAAAUAACAAAAUAGUUCUGACAGGUGCCCAGCAAGCAGAAGGAGCAAGGAUUUCCUCAUCAUGCUACAAAAUGUAUUACUUCUUUUUCUCGGAUUGGUUGUGCAAAAUGUCUGCUCCCUGACUGAAGCUACGGAGCAGACAAAAAGAUGUGAUAAGAAAUCUCUCCUUACAAUUAGAACUGAGUGUCGAUCCUGUUCACUCAGUGUUGGAAUGAACUGCCCAGAUGGUUACACCAAGAUCACCAAUGGCACAGUAGGGGUUCGCGAUUGCAGGUAUACCUUUGAGGUCAGAACACUGUCACUGGCUCUCCCGGGAUGCCGUCAUAUCUGUAGGAAGGACUAUCUCCAGCCCCAGUGUUGUCCAGGCCACUGGGGCCCAGACUGCAUGGAAUGCCCAGGAGGAGCGAGGUCCCCCUGCAGUGGCAGGGGCAGCUGUGCCGAAGGCAUGGAAGGAAACGGAAGCUGCUCCUGCCAAGAAGGGUUUGGUGGAACAGCCUGUGAGACCUGUGCUGAUGACAACUUAUUUGGGCCCAGCUGUUCAGCAGUGUGCAACUGUGUGCAUGGUGUGUGCAACAGUGGAAUAGAUGGUGAUGGAACCUGUGACUGCUACUCUGCAUACACUGGCCCCAACUGUGAUAAGCCUAUCCCUGAAUGUGCACACUUGCUUUGUGGAGAAAAUUCCAGAUGCUCACCUUCCAGCAGAAAUAAAACAAAACUGGAAUGCAAAUGCCUUCCCAACUACAAAGGCGAUGGCAAAUACUGCGAGCCCAUCAAUCCAUGUUUACAAAAUAUCUGCCAUCUUCACGCUCGUUGUACGUACCUGGGGCCAAACCGGCACAGUUGUACAUGCCAAGAAGGCUUCCACGGGGAUGGCCACGUGUGCUUACCAGUAGACCCCUGCCAAAAUAACUACGGAAACUGCCCCCCAGUGUCUACAGUGUGCAAAUAUGAUGGGCCUGGACAGUCUCACUGUGAGUGUAAGGAACAUUACCACAAUUUUGUUCCUGGAGUGGGCUGCAGUGUGACCAAUAUCUGUGAAUCUCAUAACCCCUGUCACAAGAACGCAAACUGCACCACCAUCGCACCAGGCCAAACCAAAUGCACUUGCCAGAAAGGUUACGUGGGCAAUGGCUUAACAUGUUACGGAAACAUCAUGGAGCGGCUCCAAGAACUGAACAUUGAACCCAGAGGAAAAUGGCAAGGAAGGCUGACCUCUUUCAUCUCACUCCUGGACAAAGCCUAUGCCUGGCCACUAAGUAACCUGGGGCCAUUCACUGUGCUGUUGCCAACAGACAGGGGACUCAAAGGACUCAAUGUAAAGGAGCUUUUGAUGGAUAGUGAGGCGGCUCGGUACUUUGUGAAACUCCACAUAAUUGCUGGGCAGAUGGACACUGAGCAUAUGAAUAACACAGACACGUUCUACACCUUGACUGGGAAGUCAGGAGAAAUCUUCAGUGGGGAUAAGGACAAUCAAAUAAGGCUUAAACUCCUUGGAGGCAAAAAGAAGGUAAAAAUUAUACAGGGGAACAUCAUUGCCUCCAAUGGGCUCCUGCACAUCCUGGACAGAGCCAUGGACAGGAUGGUGCCCACGUUCAAGAGCAACACUGAGCAAACCAUAAUGAUGAUGCUACAGCCAAGAUACAGCAAGUUCAGAUCUUUGUUAGAGGAAACCAAUGUGGGACGUACCUUAGAUGAAGAUGGGGUUGGUGGACCUUAUACCAUUUUUGUUCCAAGUAAUGAAGCAUUAAAUAACAUGAAGGAUGGUGCUCUGGAUUACCUCCUAUCUCCAGAGGGAUCUCGGAAGCUUCUGGAACUCAUCAGAUACCACAUUGUCCCAUUUACCCAGCUUGAAGUGGCCACGCUCAUUUCCACCUCUCACAUCAGGAGCUUGGCCAACCAGAUCAUACAGUUUAACACAACCAACAAUGGACAGAUCCUGGCAAAUGAUGUGGCAAUGGAAGAAACUGAAGUCACUGCCAAAAAUGGCCGAAUUUACACACUGACUGGAGUUCUCAUUCCCCCCUCCAUCGUCCCAAUUCUGCCCCACCGAUGUGAUGAUACUGAGAGAGAGAUGAAACUGGGCUCCUGCGUGAGCUGUUCCCUCAUACACUGGAGCAAAUGUCCUGCUAACUCGGUGCCCACGACACUCUUCACACACAGAUGUGUCUACUCUAGCAGAAUAAGAAGCCUGAAGAGUGGCUGUGCCAGAUUCUGCAAUGCCACUGUGAAGGUGAGGGCACGGCUGGGCACUCAUCCAGGUCACGCGAGCCCACACACAAGCCAGCAGGGCUGGGCCAUUCCCGGGACUGUGAGAUCAGAGGUCAUCUGUGGGGCCUUGGCAGUGUCUUCCUGCAAGGGAAUAGAAGGGCAGAUUCUCUACAUGGUGGCCAGUCCACCCUUCCCUGCAUCCGUCCCUCCCAUGGUUCCCUACUGCUCUUACCAUAGAGCCCUUGACGCUCCCCACACGGCGCGCCCUCUGCAGUGCCUGACCUCUCACCCUCAUUCCCACCUCAGCACGCACACUUGCCAUUCCCUGGCUCAGUGUGCUCCUCCAGAUUCUCUUGGAGCUGAUUCAUCUUCCAAGUAUUCAUCUAACUGGCCCUUCCUCUGUCACCACCGCCCCACAGCUGCCUCCCCAGUCUCCCCCAACCUUGGCCCUUACCUGCCACCCUCCAGGAUCUGUCUGCACAGCAGCCAGCCAGUGGUGUGGGCUGGUGCUGUGUGCCCCUUUGCUUGGCGAAGGCCCCCCUCACAGGGCAUCUGGUUCUCAAACUAUAGCAUGUGCCACAUUGCUGAGCCCCACCUGGGAGUUCCUGAGGCAGCAGGCCUAGAGUGUCUGUGCGUUUACGGAACAUGCGACAACAGGAUCGACAGUGAUGGGGCCUGCCUUGCUGGCACAUGCAGACACGGCUCUACUGGCAGGUUCUGCCAUAGGCAGACCUCAGCCUGUGGGCCCUAUGUGCAGUUCUGUCACAUCCACGCCACCUGUGAAUACAGCAAUGGGACAGCGAGCUGUGUUUGCAAAGCAGGAUAUGAAGGGGACGGAAACCUCUGUUCAGAGAUGGACCCUUGUGCGGAAUUAACCCCCGGGGGCUGUAGUCACAAUGCAGAAUGCAUCAGAACUGGCCCGGGGACCCACACCUGCGUGUGCCAGCAGGGAUGGACCGGGGACGGGAGAGACUGCUCAGUAAUCAACAACUGCCUGCUGCCCAGCGCCGGCGGCUGCCAUGAGAGCGCCGCCUGUUUGUACAUAGGCCCCGGGCAGAAUGAGUGUGAGUGCAGGAAAGGGUUUCGAGGCAAUGGGAUUGACUGUGAGCCAACUUCAUGCUUGGAGCAAACUGGGCUGUGUCACCCACUGGCAACCUGUCAGUUUACUUCUGGCGUCUGGAGCUGUGUUUGCCCAGAGGACUACGAAGGAGAUGGUGCUCUGUGCUACGGAAAUGCAGCAGUGGAAUUGUCGUUUCUCUCCGCGGCAGCUGUGUUUAACCAGUGGAUAAAUAAUGCUUCUCUACAACCCCUGCUGUCAGCCACCUCAAACCUCACUGUCCUCGUGCCUUCCCAGCAAGCUAUAGAAGACAUGGACCAAGAUGAGAAAGACUUUUGGUUGACCAAAAGCAAUAUCCCAGCCCUAAUAAAGUACCAUACACUACUGGGCACGUACGGAGUAGCAGAUCUUCAGGCCCUGCCAUCUUCUGACAUGCUGGCAACAUCCUUGCACGGCAACUUCCUUCACCUGGCGAAGGUGGAUGGGAAUAUCACAAUUGAAGGCGCAUCCGUCAUUGACGGUGACAACGCAGCCACAAACGGAGUGAUACACAUCAUCAACAAGUUACAGAAAAGUUCAGCAAUUUGUUCGGAGAAAGAGAGACGGGGUGCAUUAUUUUGCAAAGAACUUGUAAUUCUCUUGCAUUACCAAGAGGCAUUGAGAAGCACAUUUUUGAAGUGCUGCGCGGGCUUCUUCGGGCCCCAGUGCCAGCCCUGCCCAGGGAAUACCCAGAACGUCUGCUUCGGAAAUGGUGUCUGCUUGGACGGAGUGAAUGGCACAGGCAUGUGUGAGUGUGGAGAGGGCUUCGGAGGCACGGCCUGCGAGACCUGCAUCGAGGGCAAGUACGGCAUCCACUGUGACCAAGCAUGUUCCUGUGUCCAUGGGAGAUGCAGCCAAGGACCUACGGGUGACGGCUCCUGUGACUGUGACGUUGGCUGGCGAGGAGUGAAAUGCGACAGUGAAAUCACAAAAGACAACUGCAAUGGGACAUGCCACACCAGCGCCAACUGCCUUCUCAAUCCAGAUGGCACUGCCACAUGCAGAUGUGCAGCAGGAUUCCAGGGGAAUGGGACAAGCUGCACAGCAAUCAAUGCCUGUGAGAUCAGCAAUGGAGGUUGCUCCACCAAGGCUUACUGUAAAAGAACCACCCCAGGAAGCCGGGUGUGCAUGUGCAAGGCAGGCUAUACUGGUGAUGGUAUUGUGUGCCUAGAGAUCAAUCCUUGUUUGGAGAACAAUGGUGGCUGUCACAGGAACGCAGAGUGCACACAGACAGGACCCAACCAGGCUGUCUGUAACUGUCUGCCAAAAUACACGGGAGAUGGGAGGGUCUGCACACCCAUCAACCUCUGCUUAUCGAAAAAUGGCGGCUGUAGUGAAUUUGCUAUCUGCAGUCACACUGCGCAGGAAGACAGGACCUGUACGUGCAAGCCGAACUACAUCGGGGAUGGGUUUACCUGCCACGGCAACAUCCAGCAGGAGCUUCCCAGGAACCCAAAAACUUCCCAGUAUUUCUUCCAGUUGAUGGAGCAUUCUGUACAAGACCUGGUUGGUCCGGGCCCCUUCACCGUUUUGGCACCUUUAUCUUCAGCCUUUGAUGAGGAGCCUCGGAUUAAAGACUGGGACAAACAGGGCCUGAUGCCCCAGGUUCUUCGAUACCAUGUCAUCGCGUGCCACCAGCUGCUUCUGGAAAAUCUGAAACUGAUCCCAAAUGCUACUUCUCUCCAGGGGGAGUCAAUUGUCAUCUCCGUCUCUCAGGAUAAGGUGUUUAUAAAUAAUAAAGCCAACAUCAUAUCCAGCGAUAUCAUCAGCACCAAUGGAAUCAUUCACAUCAUAGACAAGUUGCUCUCUCCCAAAAACAUGCAUGUCACUCCUAAAGAUGCCUCCGGAAGGAUUCUGCAAAAUCUUACGACGGUAGCAGUAAACCAUGGCUACGUCAGAUUUAGCAACUUAAUACAGGAUGCAGGCUUGCUGAGCCUCAUCACCGACCCUGUCCACACUCCGGUCACCCUCUUCUGGCCCAGCGACCAAGCCCUCCAAGCCCUGCCCCGCGAACAACAGGAUUUCCUGUUCAACCAAGACAACAAGGACAAGCUGAAGGAGUACUUGAAGUUCCAUGUGAUCCGAGAUUCCAGGGUUUCAUCGGUGGACCUCCCCAGAGCCGCUGUCUGGAAGACCCUGCAGGGUUCAGAGCUGAGCGUGAAGUGUGGGGCCGGCAGUGACAUUGGUGAUCUCUUCCUGAACGACCAAUCAUGCAGAAUUGUGCAGCGGGAGCUCCUGUUUGACCUGGGUGUGGCCUAUGGCAUUGACUGUCUACUCAUUGAUCCCACCCUGGGGGGCCGCUGUGACACUUUUGCCACAUACAGUUUCUCGGGGGAUUGUUGGAGCUGUGUCAAUACGCCCAGCUGCCCAAGGUGGAGUAAACCAAAGGGCAUGAAGCAGAAGUGUCAGUACGGCUCGGCCUUCAGAGGGUCCCUGGAAGGCUGCCAGGAGCAGUGCACCGUGGUGAUACAGCUCCCCAAGUGCUGCAAGGGCUACUUCGGGAGAGACUGUCAGGCCUGCCCAGGAGGAGCAGAAACCCCAUGUAAUAACCGGGGUGUCUGCCUGGAUCAGUACUCGGCCACAGGAGAAUGUAAAUGCAACACCGGCUUCAACGGUACAGCAUGUGAGCUCUGCUGGCCGGGGAGAUUCGGGCCUGAUUGUCAACCCUGUGGCUGCUCGGACCAUGGACAGUGCGACGACGGGAUUACAGGCUCCGGGCAGUGCCUGUGUGAAACGGGGUGGACAGGUCACUUCUGUGACAGUCAGACAGCUUUGCCCCCAGUGUGCACGCCUCCUUGUUCUGCUGAUGCCACCUGUAAGGAUAACAACACGUGCGAGUGUAACCUGAACUACGAAGGGGACGGGAUAACGUGCACAGUUGUGGAUUUCUGCAAACAGAACAACGGCGGGUGCGCGAAGGUUGCCAAGUGCUCUCAGAAGGGCACGAAGGUCUCCUGCAGCUGUCCAAAGGGCUACCUUGGGGAUGGCCACAGCUGCAUCGAGAUGAACCCCUGUGCAGACGGCUUCAACGGCGGGUGUCAUGAGCAUGCCACCUGCAAGAUGACUGGCCCAGGCAAGCACAAGUGUGACUGUAAAAGUCAUUACGUGGGAGAUGGGCGGAACUGUGAGCCGGAGCAGCUGCCCAUAGACCGCUGCUUGCAGGACAACGGGCAGUGCCACGCUGACGCCGACUGUGCCGACCUCCAUUUCCAGGAUACCACCGCCGGAGUGUUCCAUCUGCGCUCCCCGCUGGGCCAGUACAAGCUGACCUUCGAUAAAGCCAGAGAGGCUUGUGCCAGUGAAGCUGCAACCAUAGCAACGUACAACCAGCUCUCCUACGCCCAGAAGGCCAGGUAUCACCUCUGCUCCGCAGGCUGGCUGGAGGGUGGGCGGGUUGCCUACCCCACAGCCUACGCCUCCCAGAACUGUGGCUCUGGCGUGGUUGGGAUAAUAGACUAUGGGACAAGAAACAACAAGAGCGAAAUGUGGGAUGUCUUCUGCUACCGGAUGAAAGAUGUGAACUGCACCUGCAAGGUGGGCUACGUGGGAGAUGGCCUCUCGUGCAGCGGGAAUCUGUUGCAGGUCCUGAUGUCUUUCCCCUCACUCAGAAACUUCCUGAUGGAAGUGCUGGCUUAUUCCAACAGCUCAGCCAGAGGCCAGGCAUUUCUGAAACACCUGACUGACCUGUCAAUCCGCAGUACCCUCUUUGCACCACAGAACAGUGGGCUGGGGGAAAACGAGACGCUGCCUGGACGGGACAUUGAGCACCACCUUGCCAAUGUCAGCAUCUUUUUUUACAAUGACCUCGUCAACGGUACCAUCCUGCAAACCAGGCUGGGAGGCCAACUGCUCAUCACCUCCAGCCAGGACCAGAGCCAACUGGAGACCAGGUUUGUCGAUGGAAGAGCCAUUCUGCAGUGGGACAUCUUCGCCUCCAAUGGGAUCAUACAUGUCAUUUCCGGGCCUUUAAAAGCACCCCCCACCCCGAGGGCUGCGGCGCACACUGGCUUGGGGACCGGGCUCUUCUUUGCCAUCACCCUGGUCGUGGGAGUCACCGCUUUGGGUGCAUACUCUUACUUUCGGCUAAACCGGAGAAUAAUUGGCUUCCAACGAUUUGAGUCGGAAGAGGAUAUCCACGUCGCAGCUCUUGGCAAGCCGCAGCCUGAGAAUAUCUCGAACCCCAUGUAUGAGAGCGCAACCUCAGCUCCCUCCGACCCUUCCUACAACUCCGUCUCGGACUCCGAAGACCAGCUGGAGAUCAGUGACCCCCUGGGGGCGCUGUGAGGUCCAGACCUGCUGCAGCCGGCCACCGCUCACGGCCACGGCCACGGAGCCUCCUCAGAAAGGCUGUCAACUGUGAAUCCUCAGCACCAGUUGCCUUUUGGGAAUGUAAGGUCCUCCAACAUUUUAAAGUCUGGAAGCACUCAAGCUGUGUACCUCAUCUCUGGGUAAUCUGGGGACUUCCUUUGUUUCUGUGGGUGAGGGACCGUGUUAAGUCCACCUACCAACCCAGGGGGACUUCUCCCUUGUCUGACCCUCCGCUGUCCUUCCUUCGUACCGUCAGAUAACACGUAUUACAUUCUACCCAACACUGUAGUAACUGUGACCUCAUUUCCCUGUUAGACUGUAAGCUCCCAGGGCAGGCACUGCCUUAUUCAUCUUUGUAUCACAGUACCUGGCACAGUGUCUAGCACAUGAAACGUGCUCAAUAAAUGUUUAUGGAACAGAAAUAAAGUCAACAGAAUAAAUCUAGUGUUUUGGGAAACAAAAAUACUGUUUGUCACAGACCAGGUCAAACUUUGAAUAUAAAAUCCACUUAUCAAGGCCAAUUAGGGCCUUUUCAGAGAGCCAACAUCUGCCUUAUAAUUCUUCUUUCGUAAUUGUUUUGCUUGUUUAGAUGUUUAAGAAGAUAUGACAGCUACUAUGAGAUGUCACUUUGUACCCAGGAGGAUGGCCGUAAUCCAAAAGACAGAUAAUCACAAGUAUUACAGAAACAGUCAGAACCCUCAGACACUGCUGGUGGGAAUGUAAAAUGGGGCGGCCACUGCAUACAAGUUUGGGAUUCUUCAAAAAGUUAAACAUGGAGUUCCCAUAUGAUCCAAAAAUUCUACUCCUAAGCAUACAGCCAAGAGAAAUAAAACCU